GGAUACAAACUAACACGGCUGCUACUCUGAAACCUUUAAAACCUUGAUUGCCUUAAAAGUUCACUCUUAUCUGGGACAGGAGUGAUGUGGGGUGAUGGUUACUAGUUACUUCAUUUACCAUGGAGUUAGUGCAGUUUUGAGCCUUCUUGAGCUUGUAAACUAGUACAGAAAAUGUUAACCUUAAACAUAUUUUGCAAUUUCCUAUUUGUGUGGCAUUUAGUUUCCAGUACCUUUAAUGAAAUCCGAAGUGUAGUAACUAAGUAUAAAUGGUAAUUCCAAAGCUAACAACUGGCUUAGUGGCUCCUAGAGGCCUGCAUCCAUAUAAAACUUUCAGCAGAUCUUGGAUUAGAUCUUGGCUUAAAGAAAGCACUGAGCUCAGGAUAACUGUUUCCCACUAGGUUGCUUUAGUUUUGAAGUAUUUGGCCAAUGACCAGUACAUACUUAAUGGGAGUCCCUCUUGCCAAGAGGACUGGUGCCAAAUAAACUAUAAAUAUAAUCUUACUACCUCAUGCAUUCCAGCAAUUGUGUGGGUCCACAGUUUCAUAAUGACCAGUCUGGGAAUGAUGCAACUUGCUGUUCCUGUUCAGUAGUGACUCUAGUUUGGAGCUAGCUUUGUUCAACUAAAAGGAAAUUUUUUUUCCUCACAGUGAGGUGUGUUGGACAAAUACAGCAUUUCCCAUCAGCACAGAUAUAAUAAGGGGCUGUCGUUCCUGAGUGUCUUAGAAUUUUACCACUAAAAUUAUUUUGGUGUCUUCAGCUGUGUGAUGUUUCUUUUUAAAAAAAAACUCUUGAAAUACUUUUUGAUAUUUAAGAACUCUAAACCGUCACAUCGGUGGGAGAGAUCGGCUUUUCAGCAGUGCAGUUAUGUAACUACAUCAGUGGGGUUCUUGGUAUUAGAAUGUUCACAAAGCAUCCUGUGCAGUGAUGGCAUACAGGUUUUGCAGUCAAUAUGUAAUUAAAAUGAUAUCCUAAACUCUGGUAAAGCUCCAUAUUGCACAGUGCAUGUUCACUCCACAGUAACAGUCCACACUGCAGUUUAUAAUUUGUUUUAGCAAUGCUUUCUUGAAGCUUUAACUACUUAUUCUGCCAUGAAAGUGUGUCUAAAUUUUGGUGGUAGGUUCCUUUUUGGGCCCUUCACUUCAUAUACUGUAGCAUCAGAAAGACACAGUCUUAAUCAUGGAACUGACUAAUCCUAGAUCUGGGGGAAAACUGACAAGGCGUGUUUAAAUCAAGACUGCCUCUCUUUGUAAAAGAGAUGGUCUAGUUCAAUCACAAGCUCUUGGACUUGAUGCAGGAAUUACUGGGUUAUAUUUCCCCAGUCCCCGGAGUACUUCCUAUUUAUCUCCGUGACAUGGGUGUUGCCGUUGGUUUGUUUUUAAUACCAGAAAAUCAAUUCCCAAUAUCUGUGUUUAUCCCAUUCAACAGUAUCUCCCCCAAGUGCUACAUUCUGUUGACUAACCCCAUCCAUAUCCAUUCAGCUAUGAUGGGUCUUACUGCUAAAUAUUUGUAGCACUAAGGGGGUUGCUUAUCUGAAGGCCUUAUUUAAUUCAUAUUGUUUUAUCUGAACACUAAAGUUGCUUUUGACUAGACUGUCUUUUCUGCUGUGUUUCAGGUGUUAAUGGAAUGAAGGGUUGCCCGUCCUGUAGCUACAUUGAGAAGUUUACAGAUUUUCUGCGUCUCUUUGUGAGCGUCCACCUAAGGAGGAUUGAAUCAUACUCUCAGUUCCCAGUGGUUGAAUUUUUGGCUCUUUUGUUCAAAUACACCUUUCAUCAGCCUACCCAUGAAGGUUACUUUUCUUGCUUAGACAUUUGGACACUCUUCUUGGACUAUCUUACUAGUAAAAUUAAAAGUCGUCUAGCAGGCAAAGAAGCAGUAUUCAACAGGUACGAAGACGCCUUGGUUCUGCUGCUGACAGAGGUUUUGAAUCGAAUACAAUUCAGGUACAACCAGGCACAGUUGGAGGAGCUGGAUGACGAGACUCUAGAUGACGAUGUAAGAAACCGAGACUUGCAGCAGACUGAGUGGCAGCGGUACUUACGCCAGAGCCUAGAAGUAGUGGCAAAAGUCAUGGAGCUCCUGCCGACUCAUGCCUUCUCUACACUAUUCCCAGUUCUGCAGGAUAACUUGGAAGUAUACCUGGGACUACAACAGUUUGUGGUCACUUCAGGGACAGGUCAUAGGCUGAAUAUCACUGCAGAGAAUGACUGCCGACGCUUGCACUGCUCCCUACGAGAUCUUAGCUCCCUGCUGCAGGCUGUUGGCCGUUUAGCCGAGUACUUUAUUGGGGAUGUUUUUGCUGCCCGGUUCAACGAUGCCCUUACAGUAGUGGAGAGGCUGGUCAAGGUAACACUGUAUGGGUCCCAGAUUAAACUGUACAACAUUGAAACUGCUGUGCCUUCUGUAUUGAAACCUGACCUUAUCGACGUCCACGCUCAGUCACUGGCAGCAUUGCAGGCUUACUCUCAUUGGCUAGCCCAGUUCUACAGUGAAGUUCAUCGGCAGAAUCCAGAGCAGUUCAUCUCUCUCGUCUCCACCGCCCUGGAAGCAAUUACUCCACUCAUCAGCUCCAAGGUGCAAGAGAAGUUGCUGUUGUCUGCGUGCCACUUGCUGGUCUCAUUAGCUACUACAGUGCGGCCAGUGUUCUUGAUUAGAAUCCCAGCAGUACAGAAAGUUUUCAACAGGAUCACAGAUACCUCCGCUCAGCGGCUUCCUGAUAAGGCCCAGGUACUGGUGUGCAGAGCGCUCUCAAAUGUGUUGUUGCUGCCAUGGCCAAAUCUCCCGGAGAGUGAACAGCAGUGGGCAGUUCGCUCAACCAACCAUGCCAGUCUGAUCUCUGCCCUCACAAGGGAAUACCGCCAUCUGAAAUCCAGUGCCAUCCUGCCACAGAGGAAAGUGCGGCUGGAGGACACCAAAGUGAUCAUUCACCAGACACUUAGUAUCUUAGAAGACACUGUGGAAAGUAUCUCUGGAGAGUCUACCAAGUCUCGGCAGAUCUGUUAUCAGUCACUGCAGGAAUCCGUGCAGGUCUCACUAGCCCUCUUCCCAGCUUUCAUUCAUCAGUCAGAUGUGACAGAUGAGAUGCUGAGCUUCUUCCUCACUCUCUUCCAAGGACUGAGGGUACAGAUGGGAGUACCUUUCACUGAGCAGAUCAUACAGACCUUCCUAAACAUGUUCACCAGAGAGCAGUUAGCAGAGAGCAUCCUCCAUGAGGGCAGUACUGGCUGUCGUGUGGUUGAGAAGUUUCUGAAGAUUCUGCAAGUUGUGGUACAAGAGCCAGGCCAAGUGUUCAAGCCUUUCUUACCCAGCAUCAUCUCGCUGUGCAUGGAACAGGUCUACCCCAUCAUUGCAGAGCGCUCAUCUCCUGAUGUGAAAGCAGAGUUAUUUGAGCUACUUUUCCGGGUCCUCCAUCACAAUUGGCGGUACUUCUUCAAGUCUAGCGUUCUGGCAAGUGUCCAGAGAGGGAUAGCAGAGGAACAGAUGGAGAAUGAAGCACAGUUCAGUGCCAUUAUGCAGGCGUUUGGCCAGUCCUUCCUACAGCCUGACAUACACCUAUUUAAACAGAAUCUCUUCUACCUGGAGACACUGAAUACCAAGCAGAAGCUGUACCACAAGAAGAUCUUCCGGACAACCAUGCUGUUUCAGUUUGUGAAUGUGCUGCUUCAGGUGCUGGUCCACAAAUCACACGACCUGUUGCAGGAAGAGAUUGGCAUUGCUAUCUACAACAUGGCCUCAGUGGACUUUGAUAGCUUCUACUCAGCCUUUCUCACGGAGUUCUUAGCCAGUUGUGACGGCGUGGACUCCAAUCAGAAAAAUGUACUGGGAAGGAACUUCAAAAUGGACAGGGACCUGCCAUCUUUUACCCAGAACGUGCACAGACUGGUGAAUGACCUGCGCUACUAUAGGCUCUGCAAUGACAGUUUGCCCCCUGGAACUGUGAAGCUAUAGUUUCUGCACUGGACUCAUGUUUUGAUCGCUGUAAAGAAUGGAUUUGUACUUCUUUUGUCACCACUUCCUCUCCUCCCUGCUCUUGUCAGUACUGGAGGAUGAUGCAGUGUCUUGCGCAUGGGCACAUGUUCUUGGAUUCACGCACCACCACGCUUCCUUACCCAACUCAGAAACCUCCCCGUUGAGUCAGCAGCACUGCCUGCAAGAAUGGGUCUUAACGCCAACUGUAGGGCAUUCCCACCAUAUGAAAAGUCAUCUUGCUGGGUUCUUGUUUUACUAAUGUAGCACUUCGUUGCGUCCGGAGAUUUCAGUGAGUCGUCUUGACAAAUCUUGUGUGUGUCAAUCAUGAGGCAGAAACGCCAAAGACUACUUCAGACAUUCGCACCUUCGCAUCAUUCCACCUUCCCGCCCCUGCCCUGCUCUUGGAGGAGAAUUGUGAUGUCGGGACUGGUUCGGCACUUGUCACUCCCUCUCGUUUUAAAUUGCCUUGAAGCCUCCCUGCUAUUUUCAGGGAUUUAGAAACUGGUGGGUUUUUUUAAUGUUUUCUCAUCAUUCCAUUGUGAUACUAAAACAACAUGCUUAAUGGAAAUAAAGUGCUUACUUUGUUGUUUUAAA